UCCCACGCCACAACCCCACAUUCAGGGCCCCUGCUGUACGCGUGCAAGAGGGUGCCACUCCCACGCCUCCACACAAUCCGGGCCCCUCUCACACGUGCACAAGAGGCCACAGCUCCCACGCCGCUCCCACGCCACAACCCCACAUUCUGGGCCCCUACUGUACGCGUGCAAGAGGGUGCCACUCCCACGCCUCCACACAAUCCGGGCCCCUCUCACAUGCGCACAAGAGGAAACCGCUCCCACACCGCCACCAACAUACUGGACCCCAACUGCACACGUUGAAGAGGGUGCCACUCCCACGCCUCCACACAAUCCGGGCCCCUCUCACACGUGCACAAGAGGCCACAGUUCCCACGCCAAAACCCCACAUUCUGGGCCCCUGCUGCACACGUGCAAGAGGGUGCCACUCCCACGCCUCCACACAAUCCGGGCCCCUCUCACACGUGCACAAGAGGCCGCCGCUCCCACGCCACAAGUCCACAUUCUGGGCCCCUACUGUACGCAUGUAAGAGGGUGCCACUCCCACGCCUCCACACAAUCCGGGCCCCUCUCACAUGCGCACAAAAGGAAACCGCUCCCACACUGCCACCCAACAUACUGGACCCCAAGUGCACACGUGCAAGAGGGUGCCACUCCCACGCCUCCACACAAUCCGGGCCCCUCUCACAUGUGCACAAGAGGCCACAGCUCCCACACCACAACCCCACAUUCUGGGCCCCUACUGUACGCGUGCAAGAGGGUGCCACUCCCACGCCUCCACACAAUCCGGGCCCCUCUCACACGUGCACAAGAGGCCACAGCUCCCACGCCGCUCCCACGCCACAAGUCCACAUUCUGGGCCCCUACUGUACGCAUGUAAGAGGGUGCCACUCCCACGCCUCCACACAAUCCGGGCCCCUCUCACAUGCGCACAAAAGGAAACCGCUCCCACACUGUCACCCAACAUACUGGACCCCAAGUGCACACGUGCAAGAGGGUGCCACUCCCACGCCUCCACACAAUCCGGGCCCCUCUCACAUGUGCACAAGAGGCCACAGCUCCCACACCACAACCCCACAUUCUGGGCCCCUACUGUACGCGUGCAAGAGGGUGCCACUCCCACGCCUCCACACAAUCCGGGCCCCUCUCACACGCGCACAAGAGGAAACCGCUCCCACACCGCCAGCCAACAUACUGGAUCCCUACCGCACGCGCGCAAGAGGACAUGGCUACCACGCCACUGUACACUCUGGUCCCCUCCAGCAAAGUAUAAAAAUCUAAGACCUUUCAUUUGUUCUGGUUUUGCAAUCAAAUAAAAUAGUUUGAUGAUUUUUUGGUAACUGAAUUAAAUGCCUAUAUCAUAACAAUUCAAGAAUAAUUUCAUUCAUACACACACAGACACUCACACAAACAUAUAUAUUUUAAAUCUUUUGUAAAUUUGCACCAAAGCCAACUCUAUCUAUUCUCUUGCAAAUGUCUUCCAUAAAUUUUAAUCAAGAAUCCUUUGUGUUUAAUAUCUUUCAUAUCUCAGCCUCUAAUGAUGGCCUAACUUAUUAGUGAUAAAUCACCUUUGAAUAACAGCUAAUUAUUUACUUCUCCCACGCCACAAGUCCACAUUCUGGGCCCCUACUGUACGCAUGCAAGAGAGUGCCACUCCCACGCCUCCACACAAUCCGGGCCCCUCUCACAUGCGCACAAGAGGAAACCGCUCCCACACCGCCACCAACAUACUGGACCCCAACUGCACACGUGCAAGAGGGUGCCACUCCCACGCCUCCACACAAUCCGGGCCCCUCUCACACGUGCACAAGAGGCCACAGUUCCCACGCCACAACCCCACAUUCUGGGCCCCUACUGUACGCAUGCAAGAGGGUGCCACUCCCACGCCUCCACACAAUCCGGGCCCCUCUCACAUGCGCACAAGAGGAAACCGCUCCCACACCGCCACCAACAUACUGGACCCCAACUGCACACGUGCAAGAGGGUGCCACUCCCACGCCUCCACACAAUCCGGGCCCCUCUCACACGUGCACAAGAGGCCACAGUUCCCACGCCAAAACCCCACAUUCUGGGCCCCUGCUGCACACGUGCAAGAGGGUGCCACUCCCACGCCUCCACACAAUCCGGGCCCCUCUCACACGUGCACAAGAGGCCACAGCUCCCACGCCGCUCCCACGCCACAAGUCCACAUUCUGGGCCCCUACUGUACGCAUGUAAGAGGGUGCCACUCCCACGCCUCCACACAAUCCGGGCCCCUCUCACAUGCGCACAAAAGGAAACCGCUCCCACACUGCCACCCAACAUACUGGACCCCAAGUGCACACGUGCAAGAGGGUGCCACUCCCACGCCUCCACACAAUCCGGGCCCCUCUCACACGUGCACAAGAGGCCACAGCUCCCACGCCGCUCCCACGCCACAAGUCCACAUUCUGGGCCCCUACUGUACGCAUGCAAGAGGGUGCCACUCCCACGCCUCCACACAAUCCGGGCUCCUCUCACAUGCGCACAAGAGGAAACCGCUCCCACACCGCCACCAACAUACUGGACCCCAACUGCACACGUGCAAGAGGGUGCCACUCCCACGCCUCCACACAAUCCGGGCCCCUCUCACGCGCACACAAGAGGACACCAGUCCCACGCUGUCCCACACUCUGGACUAUAAGGAACAUUAUUACCGAAAUGCUCUCACACACACUACUGAAACUCUCUCACACACUCCAUUGAAAAAGAAGGUAUUUUAGCUAAACACAAAGCUGUUUCCUGACAGGGAAACUGAAUGAAAAAGUGGUACAUUUCAAACCACUACACAGAUGUCUACUCAGCAACCUGCUAGUAGCCUAAGUGAAGCAGCUGCAUUGCUUAACAAUAUAUUAUCCUCAGCAGAAACCAUCAGAACUCAAAUGCGACAGCUGUGGGGCAGCAGCCUGUUACAAGACUGUGGUCAAGUGAGCCCUCACAUGCAAAGUCACAGUCAAGCUAGCCGCACCGCAAGCCGCACCUACAUUCUUGUUGCACUUUACUUAUGCAUAUUAUGGUUUGGGUGCCGACUGGCUUAGAAACACGUGUCUUCUGCAUACUGGCAUUUAUGUAUGUACAUAUUUACAUAUAGAUAGACAGAUAGAUAGAUAGAUAGAUAGCUAUACGUACAUAUAUCUAUCUAUCUAAUAUUUAAAACUCGAAGUGGAUCGAGAAGAAAAAUCGUGAAAAAUGCCAGUAUGUAGUGGUUUGAAAUGUAGCACUUUUUCCUUCAGUUUCCUUGUCAGGAAACAACUUCCUGUUCAGCCGAAAUGCCUCGGGUUUCAGCGGUGUGUGUGAGUGCGUUUCAGCAGGGUGUGUGAGAGCAUUUCAGCAGGGUG